AUGAGUGCCCUUUAUCCACAGCCUGAGGACUCUGUGCUAGAAUGUCAAGCAGAAGGUGGCACAGCCACUGGGGCGCUGCAGGACAGCCAGUUAGUGGAGAAACCUAACAGGGAAGGGAUUGCUGGGCUCCAUGCCUGUGCCAAGGAGAGAACAAAGGACUCUUCUCUAUCGCUGGAUAAGACUUCUGGAAAACAAGAUUGGGAGAAAAAGGAUAAGCUUCACAUUCUCCUGGAAGACUCUCUGUGCAAGGGAGGACAAGAACUGCUGGAGACCUUUGCAGAGUUGACCAAGGUACUGGAGUCAAAGGUCAACACAGGGGGCUGGGGCUGGGGCUGGGGUCCUCUGACGCAGGAGUUCAUUGACAGGAUGGACAGACGGACCUCUGCUCUUGAGGACAGGCAGACGAUCCUGCAGAACAUCCUGGCUGUGAGAACUCGAGAGCUGGAGAGACUGGGAGAUCAAUGGGGCGACAGGGAGAGACUGAGGAGGAGCGAGGAGAGGAUCGCUCUGCUGGAGAAGCAGCUCCAGCAGCAGGAGUCUGCCCUGGCCCUGAAGGAUCUGUUAAUCUCAGACAUGGAAUCACGCCUCCUGCUGGCUGAGAACACAUCCUACAAUGGAAGCUUCAUCUGGAGAAUCAGCAACAUGAAUCAGAUACUGUGGGCUGCGCAGACUGGCAAGACCACUGCAAUCGAGUCUCCCUCUUUCUACACGGACCGCUAUGGGUACCGGUUAUGCAUGAAGCUAUACCCCAACGGAGAUGGAGCCGGGAAGGGGUCCCACCUUUCCCUCUUCCUUGUCAUCUUACAAGGAGAACAUGACUUCAUGCUCCAGUGGCCUUUCCUGCACAAGGUCGAGUUUGUGCUUUUAGACCAGCAGACUCAGCAACAUGCCUCCGCAUCCUUCAAGCCUGUGAACUCUGCUCCCUUCCGACAGCCAGUCUCUGAGAAGAACACGGCCAGCGGCCUGCCUCAGUUCUACCCCCUGUCUCAGCUCCAGGCAAGCGGUCGCACCUUCAUCAAGGAUGACAACAUGUUCAUCAAGGCUGUCAUCGACACCAGGAAGACAGAGAGAUAAGCUAUAGUUCGGAGAAUUUAAGAGUUGAGGCAAAUUUUCUGUGAGGUAUAAAACAACCUACAGUAGUUCAGUUAAAUUCAGUGUAGUUUUUCACUUAUAGACAAAAACAUUUUGUAAAAUUGACAUUGCUCCUUCCUCGGCCUAUCAUUUUGAAAGUGUUCAGCAUGAUACUAGGGAGCCCGGGAGGGGACAGGAGAGAAGAAAUUCUAUAUUUCGUGGACAUUACUAUCUCGUAGUCACAAGAUACCUAUUUUGUGCGCAAAUAUAUAUCUUUCUCUCAGGUCCCCUCUUGGGCUCCAUAUUAUACAGCUGGAGUAAAGACUCCAGCAAUAAUGUUGUCUACACAGCAAAUGUGUAGAACAGAGAGACAAGUAUGGCAGGCUAUUAGGUUAAUAAACUCAAUUUUUUUUUUUUUUUUUUUUUAUUCUACAAUCGAGUUAUAUAAUCCAAGGUUUUGUAAGCACGCCAAACUUAUUUAUUUCUCAUUUCUGUAAAACUGACAGUUAAAUAAAAAAGACUGGAGCAAAUGCUUUGUAAAUGACGGCCUAAGUGACUACAGAUAAAUGUAAAAUGCCCCCUGCCCCCCCC